AUGACAACGGACUCUGGAAUGGGAGAUGUUGGCACGUGUCAACCUGACCAGCCUGCCCCUCCUCAAGGCCGCGAGGCAGGUGAUGAAGCGGCGAAGAAGGACAAGGAGUUCGAGGAGGCUUCGGCCGUGGUGACGCGGCACGUCAAGCUGCUGCGGGAGUACAACGAGAUCAAGGACGUGGGACAGCAGUUGAUGGGUCUGGUGGCUGAGAACCGCGGGGCGACGGUGGGGAGUUUGUAUGAGACGGGGGAGUUUGGCGUUGGGCCGAAGGAUUGA